GAGCGCAGAGCGCACGCAGUCGCAGCUACACCGUAGAAGCGAGCCUGCCUGUAAAACGUCCGUCGCGUCGUCUGUUGAACGGAACACGAUCGCUAUAUCAAAAUAAUUCGCGGUCCGCGGCUGCCUCUGUUGCAGCUCGAAGUGCAUUGCACGACGACGGAAAAUAAUUGACGAUCAAAACAUUUAACUGAACAAUUUUGUCAUCGAGUAACUGAGUCGCUACGGUAACUCGAUAACCCUGCGGUAUAACAAGUGAUUAUCAAAUAUUCGAGUUGUUUCCUUCAGCGUCCUUUUUUACCGUUUUACGUUAACUGUAUUUUGAAGUGCGAGCAACAGUGUUAAGUGAACCAAGAAAAUUCAGUUUUUAUUAUGAUAAUGUGAAACUUGAGUGGAUGUGAUUCAUUUGCGACAUGAUAAACUGUUAUCAUUGAGUUAUUCGACCUCUUAUCCACAAUCAACGUUUCUUCGCAGAUCGACAGUACGAUUUGAGACGAUGCUUCUUAGAAUAAAGAGAACCAUGUGAAAAUCCAGAUAGCAGAGGAUGGCUAGCGGAGCCCGGCCAGGCUCCCUGGUACCUCCCAGAGUGAAUGGAACCGCUUUUCCAGGAUUGGGUCCGUCGACGCCCGAUGGCCCCUAUGUCGAAUCAUGCACACAUCUCGAUACGCACUAUGAUAUUAAAGUAGCCGUCGUUUUCGCCGUUUAUAUUAUUUUUGGAAUUCUUUACACUUUUCUAGGUUAUCGAUGCUUCAAAACAGUAAUGUUUCUGACAGGAUUCAUUUUUGCGUCCAGUAUCGUUUAUCUGAUAUGCCAGCAAGGCGACCUCAUGCCAACAUACGGAAAUGAAGGGGUUUCCUUAUUGGCUGGAGUCUUGUUUGGUUUGAUUACGAUGUUGGUUCAGUACGUGGGAUUAUUUAUGAGCGGUUUACAUACUGGUGUUCUACUAGCCCUGGCCGGUCUAUUCACGGCUGAUCAUUUCAUGGAAACGUCUCCCAAAGGAUCUGUAUGGUUGUGUAUUGGUGUAUUACUAUGUUCCGCACUGACGGUUGCUAUUUUUAACUUAUAUUUUAGAAAAAGUCUUACAAUUCUUGGCUCAAGUCUUUACGGUGGGGCAACAUUAUCUAUAGCUAUUGAUUACUUCGUAGAAAAAUUGUCCAUGAUUUCUUGGCUGUGGCAAAGGGUGUCUCUGAGACCUGUUCAACCGCCUCCGUGUUGGUUUUCUUGGAUAGUUCUAGGUGCUUGGCCCUCGUUCGUUCUAGCUGGAUUGAUAAUCCAGUUCGGAAUCACCGGAAGAGGCAUUCACCACGAUGAUGGUAGGAAAAUGAAAGCUGGUAGGAAAAAAACUAGAGCACCUCCAAGAGUUUUAACGAGAGCUGAACGAGCUGAAAUGAAGCAGAAAAAGUAUAGAUAUCUCUAUCAGGUCCGAACUGCUCAUGGCGAUGUGAUAAGUCAGAACUUCGUGCAACAACUUCAAAAAAAGGACAAUAGUGAGAGUCAAGGGGAAUGCAGUACUUUACAAUCGGAUGCAACUCAUCUUACGAUAUUACCCGAUACUCAGUUGACAGCUUUAACAGAGAGCGAGGAUGACAGCCAAACCGACAUAACACUUAGACGAUGAAGAUUUUCUCUAUAAAAAGUUUACAUUCUAUUGUCAGAAGAUGCUUAGAAUUUUAACCCAUUUUAAAUAUUUCAAGCUUUAAGACAAUAAGUAAACAAGUGAUUUUGUUUAUAAUAGGUGUUUUUAGUCUGUACAAAGUUGACUAACUUAUUUAUUAAAGCCGCUUUUUCAAAAACUUACUCCGUUACUUUUGGAAAGGUAAAUAUGUAAUUAAAUAAGUUGAGGGAUAUAGCUAGCUCUAUCUUGACGGGUCCAAAGUUAAGCAAUAUACAUUGUGACACAGUGUAUUUAAAAUAAAAGUGAUAAAGUGUCUUUCGGAAAAAAUGACUAGAACUGGUUCUGAUAUAAGUGAUACAUUUUUGGAGUUUUUCAUUUAUUAUUAAUUGAUUUCGUCACUUUGGUAAUGCAAUUCAAUCCAAAUACGUUGUGUAGUUAUAAAUAGUACCAUAAAAAGUAUGUGUAGUUUUAUAUAACGAAAAGCUACAAAAUAACAUCAUUCUAAAUAUUCUGCAAUCCACCUUUCCCGUUAUUCGACAGUUUCACAUUACUCAUGCGCGAAAAAAGCGCGGGACCUUUGAAUCUAGUAAUGCUCGAAGGGUAUAGCUUAAAAACUACAUCACAAAGCAAUCGUGAAAAGCGAGAAAAAUUUUAAUAAUACAAGACAAAAAUGCUUUUCGUAGUCUGAUGAUUUACAUAUGGGUGAGCUAUCUAUACAGUGAGCACCAUAAGUCUUACCCCCCUAUCUAACUCAUUACUGGAGUCUUGUUAGGAAAAUCACCGAGACACGUCGAUUUUUGUUUUCUACAAUGUACAUUUUUGUAUGAAUAGUUUACCCUUAAUUUCAUCCCUUACUGGAGGGGAGCAACCCUUUCGAAAAAUUUAAAUGGCAUGGGGUGGUGAGUGAUAGCUCAUUUGAAAGGGGGUGUUAUUCUCUAUUCAACCGUGCAAAAAAAUUUGAAAUUUGCUUCAUUACGUGUUGAUUUAUUAAUGUUUAAAAAUAACUAUAUAUCCUUGGAUCUUUCCCUUCUAGUGCCCUGCUAGUACACUAGCGCCAUUUUAAUUUUAUACAUUUUAGGGGACACUUUUUGACAUGGAGACUACACAAGGAGCACGCACUCAAGUGUGGAAUUUGCCAGAGUAUCUCCGCGCUUUAUCGUAUAAAUAAAGCUUUCUUUUUUCACCACUAGCGUCGCUAAUUUUUCUUUUUUACCGGUGUGAAUAUAGAGGAAUAAACAAAUGUGAAGUUAGCGUGAAAAUAAAGUAACCGAUUAUUUAAUUAACGUAAACACGUGUCAAAUGUUUUUAAAUUAAAUAAAUAUAAUUAGAGUUAUAAUUAAUUAAUUAAUUAAUUAGAAUUAUUUAUUUUAUUUCAAACUACCGCCUCAUUCUCUUAUGCCAUUUUGAGAUAAACAACCAGAUGAGAUUGUCCUCUUUUGUUUUCACCCCAAAACAAAAUGACAUUUGCGAAUGUGUAACUGAAACUCACAGUAGUAAACAUAAGCGGAAGUAUAAUUCGCGCAUGUGCUAUAGAGAUCAUCAAUAACGGGAUAGGUAUAUUCUCUUCUGAUUCUAGAAACUUUACUAACGUGAAACAGUAAUUAGUGUUUGCUCAGUUGAUAUUUUGUAUUGUCUCUCUAAAACAGCUCAGUAUAGUGUAGGUAGGUACUAUAGUUGUCAUAUCUUUAACUACAAACAAAUGAGAAAUGGGUAUGUUUUUGAAAAAGUUUAUUGCAUGAAUAUGAAGACUAUUGCUAGGUUUAUACCACGAGAACUAAAUAUUUAGAUCAAAGCGUUGUUUUUAAGGCAGUCUAAUUGAGAAGAAACAACGAACUUGACGUCCAUUUUAUACAAAAAAAGUGGAUAUCAAAUUCAACAGAUUUAUUCCUUACAAUAAGUGAAAUAUUAAAUAGAAAACGUAAUUUUUUAAUUGGUUUUAUGUAUAUUGGUAUUAAAUAUAUAAAAUACAAACCACAAAAAAUAAAUAAAAGAAACAUUUCAGUUUCAAACUGCUCACUAAAUUAGAUUCGUGGUGUAAACAAAUUCUAUAUGACAAGCAAAUUAACUAAAACCAAUAAAGUUUUUGACACAGAACAGGGACAUAAAGAUAGGAAAUGCCCAUAAGAAGCACAUGAUUAACAACGACCAGCUCGUACGCAGUUAAUAUUUGACUCACUGUGUGGCGCUUUAAUCGAUAUCAAACAACGGCGCGGAAAAUUUAAAAACCUUAUUUUAAUAAUAAUAAAAUAUUUAUAGCACUUUUAUUUUUUGAUAAAUAAAUUUAAAGUGUUAAAUAGGAUUUGAAAAAUAUGAGUAAUUUAUUUUUUUAUAAUGAACUUGCUUUUAUUGCAGUAAUUAUUUUUUUCAGUAAUUAUUUUUUCAAUUUCUCCAAUAUUCAUGAUGCUGGACGUCAUUUUGGCGUUACAUUUUUAGUCAGUGAGCUACCUGGGGCGUUUCCUAUCUGUAUGUCCCUGGGUCUCUGGUUUCUGAGUAAAGAAUAUAUGAAAUCAAAAAUAAUUAUUUGGAUAUAACGACAUAACUCUGAAAUUCUUCAUAACUGUUUGGAAAAAUGUAAAAAUAAAGUUUGUCAUGUAUAGUUUUUCUAUAUUACAGGUAUGUGACAGAGAUUGUUUUUUUUUUAUUAAAUUGUAAAAAUACAUUCCACGAUAAACAUUUUUCUUGUCACAGUCUGUUUAAUAUAAACUGCCAAAAAAAUUUAAAAUUGUAACAAAUACCUGAUAGUAAAUCAAAUCUAUAAUACUAUGUAGAAAUUGGUAGCAGAAAAAAUACAGUUUGGUAAUAUGGAAAUGUGUGAAUAUACAAAAUGUGAAAGAAGGUAUGAAAUUUAUUAUUAAAUGUAUUUUUUUCUAUUACCUACCAAAUAGAAUAUUUAUUGUAAGAUCGGAAGAUCUAUAAACAAAAAAACUUUAUCUCUGAACCAAAGGUUAGAAAUGAAUUAUGAAUUCAUUAUUAUUUUGUUGAAAUAUUUUUUUAUUAUAUAUAGCACAAGAAAUAAAUUUUGCUCAUAAU